AUUGUCAAGGACCGUCUUUCAAAGAAAGUGCCAUGUGUCGGCCGUGCCGGGCGCGCCUACGGAGCUGUUCUCGUUCCUCUUCCGACAGAAAGCAGCGCGGACCGCGGCGGCUACGAAAGUUCUCCUUUGACCCUCGCAGUUUAAGGAGCUUUGUGCCGGCCAUGAGGAAAGCGGCUGCAACCAGCUCCUUUAUGCAAGGGAGACCUUACAGGGGUCUUUGCAAAAAUGCGGAGCAGGAGUCAAAUUGGCUGCAGGCCUCGCCUGAUCGUGCCGAUCCAGCCAUGGGGAUCCAGCCUGACGGCGGCAAGGCGCCCAGAACCGGGAAUGACCCCGCGGCUUUCAGCACCUGCUCCGGGAGUAUCUUCUGCAACAUCAGGGUGUUUGUGGCCUGCCAUGGCCUGCUGCAGUUGGCCCAGCUCCUCUACAGCGCCUACUUCAAGAGCAGCCUGACAACCAUCGAGAAACGCUUUGGUCUGUCCAGUUUGUCCUCUGGCUUCAUCUCCAGUUUGCAUGAGAUUGGAAAUGUCGUCCUCAUCCUCUUUGUGAGCUACUUUGGCAGUCGUGUUCACCGGCCUAGGAUAAUUGGCCUGGGAGGCCUGCUUUUAGCCCUGGGGGCCUUCCUGCUGACACUUCCCCACUUCCUCUCUACUCCAUAUGAAUACUCUGCAGCACACAUGACCAACAAGAGCAGCAGCAGCAGAUCUGAACUUUGCAACAGCCAAUUCACCUGUCCGAAUGCCACCGUGAACGUCCAAGCAGAGGCUGGCACCAUGUGGGGAAUCAUGGUAGUUGCUCAGCUGUUGGCAGGAAUUGGGACAGUUCCCAUACAGCCUUUUGGUAUCUCCUACGUGGAUGAUUUUGCUGAGCCAAACAACUCUCCCUUGUACAUAGCACUCUUAUUUGCCAUUGCAGUGUUUGGCCCGGCAUUUGGUUACCUCCUUGGUUCUGCAGUACUGCGGAUAUUUGUGGACUUUGGGAGGGUUGAUCUGAAGGAUAUGACCUUGGUCCCAGGAGACCAGCGGUGGAUUGGAGCAUGGUGGUUAGGACUCCUCAUUGCCUCUGGCUGUCUGCUUCUCACAUCCAUUCCCUAUUUCUUCUUCCCACGAUACAUGCUGAGAGGGAGGCAGGUAACGUCUGAGGUGGACAUCAUGAAGAAGAUUGAAAAAGCUAAGGAACAGGAAGGAUCUCUGGUGGAUUUUAUUAAAAAAUUCCCCCGAGGCUUCCUAAGGCUGCUCCUCAAUCCACUAUUCAUGUUGUUGGUCAUAGCCCAGUGCAGUUUCUCCUCAGUCAUUGCUGGCCUCUCAACCUUCCUCAACAAGUUCCUGGAGAAGCAGUUUGGUACCAGCUCUUCCUAUGCAAACUUCCUCAUUGGAGCUAUAAAUCUGCCGGCGGCUGCCUUAGGAAUGCUCUUUGGUGGUCUCCUCAUGAAGCGCUUUGGUUUCUCCCUUAAAGCCAUUCCUCGGUUCGCCAUUGUGGUCCUACUUAUCUCCACACUCUGCUGCCUCCCUCUCUUCUUUAUGGGCUGCUCCACACAGAAACUGGCUGAAAUUCAUUCUGGCAGUACAUCAAGUUCCACAGCUCAGGAGUCAUGCAGCAAAGCAUGCUCCUGCUCAGAGAACCUCUUCCACCCAGUCUGUGGUGAUGAUCAAGUGGAGUACCGUUCCCCUUGCCAUGCUGGCUGUACUGGCUCCUUCCUUAAUUCUUCCAUAUCCAAGACCAUGACCUAUACAAACUGUACCUGUAUCAAGAGUGGGCAGCACUCAGCAAAGACCGGAUCCUGCCCAGUUAGCUGUGCCCAUUUGCUGCUGCCUGUUACAGUCCUCAUCUCAUGUGCUGCACUGAUUGCCUGCCUGUGUCACAACCCUCUGUACAUGAUGGUGUUACGGGUGGUGAGCUAUGAUGAAAAGUCAUUUGCCAUUGGACUCCAGUUCUUAUUGAUGAGAUUGCUAGCUUGGUUGCCGGCCCCUGCCCUUUUUGGCUUACUGAUCGACUCCUCUUGCAUCUGGUGGAAGAAAGAGUGCAACAAGAAUGGUGGAUCCUGCGUUUACUAUGACAAUAACUUCCUUCGCAGCAGGUACUUAGGGCUUCAAGUGGGCUACAAAAUCGCUGGCAUUCUACUAUUAUCCCUGAUCAGCUGGAAGCUGACCAAGAACAAGGAAUACAAUGUGCAAGACAAAGCUGCUGGCCUAGUGUAGCUCUGUGCUGGACAGGACCCAUCUCAAGUGCCUUUUUACCAUGCCCAUAUUUACAUAACAGUACUCAGCCUCCGUGGCUUUUUUUUAAACAAUUAAGGGGACCAUUUCAUAUUAGCUGAACUUUAUGCUUCUGCAUUAUCAUCCUCUGCUGUGUGUAGUCCAGCUAAAUGGAACGUGCCUAGUUGGUAAAUGGGGAACAAGCAGCUGUGCUGGGACCAAGCACCUGACCAGAGUCAGAAGAGUUGUUGCAGCCAGCAAAUCUCGCCAAAGAAAGUCUGCCACAAAUACUUCCACAGGGCUAGGAAAAGGGCAUGCAGCAAGCCACAAGCAAGGCAGGAGCCCUUGUCAUUGUGCCUCCCUAGUCCGCAGCCACAUUCUGGCCUGACAUGCCUAAGACAUGGAUGUUUCUUUUGCUCUUUCAAGCUGUUGGGUCAGGCAGCCAGAAGAACGGUAACUUGGAUCUCUUGGGAAACACCAAAGCAAUGGGAAUGGCAAGGGACAGCUGUUACAGUUAAGAGAACCGUGUGGAUAGCUUGGGCAUUGGUGAGGAGGGAGCAGCCCUCUUGCCCACUGGACUCUUGUACUAAGGCCAUCAAGUGUGUUACGCAACACCAGGAUUGACCAGGGUGUGGAAUGGGUGCGACGGGGGAUUACAGUGCAGCAUAGCCUGCCUCUCACUGUCAUGCUUUCCCCUUUCCCCCAUGACAUUAUUUGGAGUGGACAUAAAGUCCACUCAGUGUAUAAAGUUAGUAGUUAUGAUAUCUUGAAUUUUUAAAUAAAAGCAACUUUUUCCAA